AAAUAGCGAGAAAAGUAUCGUAAUUUUCCCCUUACUUGAGACUGUCCGAAAACGCUCCCGCAGCGAACGGUUUGUUAUUGAAACAAAAGUCUCGGAAGAACGUCAUCCUAUUGUGAAUCAUUCACCUUCUUAACUAACCUUCUCAGGUAGGAACAAUGAAUCGUCUAUUUGGCCGUGGCAAAGGCAAGGAACCCCCUCCAAAUCUUACCGACUGCAUCGGCAAUGUUGACAGCCGUGCAGAGUCUGUUGAAAAGAAGAUAGCACGCCUUGAUGCCGAGCUGGUCAAGUACAAGGAUCAGAUGAAAAAGAUGCGUGAGGGUCCUGCCAAGAAUGCUGUGAAACAGAAAGCACUGAGAGUCCUAAAGCAGAAGAAAAUGUAUGAGGCUCAGUCUACAAACUUGCGGAACCAGGCGUUCAACAUGGAGCAGGCCAACUAUGCCACACAGACCCUCAAAGACACCAAGACCACAGUGACCGCCAUGAAGCUUGGAGUCAAGGAAAUGAAGAAGGAAUACAAAAAGAUCAACAUCGACGAGAUAGAGGACUUGCAGGAUGACAUGGCAGACAUGCUGGAGCAAGCUGACGAGGUCCAGGAAGCACUGGGCCGCACGUAUGGCAUGCCAGAAAUUGAUGAGGACGACCUUGCAGCUGAACUCGAUGCCUUGGGAGACGACAUCAUGGUGGAUGAUGACGCAUCUUACCUAGACGACGUUAACAUCCCCAAUGCCCCAGAGAAGGAGCCAGGAGCAGAAACAGUCAAGGACGGAUUGCCGGUGGAUGAGUUUGGGUUACCUCAGAUGACUACUUAGUGAAGUUUACGUUUUACAGCGCUCUGCGUUAAAGAGGAAAGGCUAACAAUGGGCUUAUCAUUUUCAAAUUUGAAUGGUGGGUGAUAUGAUUAUUCUUGUCAGAAGUUGAAUGGUGGGCAGUAUAAUUUUGUCAUUUGUCUGAACUCUUUGUUCUAGUCUACUAAACUAUCAUUUCUUUUGGAAAUAUGAACUGUUUGAUCAACUUUAGCAGGUGGUUAAAUAGUUAAAUUGAUUAUUUUUAACAGUUUGCUUCCUAGAAGUCGCAGAUAAAGGAACUGCUGGAGGUAUGAUUUAUUUGUCUGUUGUUUCAUGGAAUCAGAACCUGCAAUGGUUCCAGAUAGUGCCAGACAAAAUGGGGUCUUAUUAUUUUCUAUUCAUGUAUUUUCACUGUUGCCCACAAAAUGUACUGUUGAAUAGUUAGUAAUUUGGUUAAUAGUAUUGGGUUUUUCACUGAAUUUUAAUUUUGAAAGCUAUGUAUAUUUUAUAUUUUUGUUGGUUUAAUUGAAUAUAUUGGUGAUAAAGUUUGUCAAAGCAUUUAAUACAUGAUCAUAAAAACAUUAUAUUGUAGUAUCAAUGGACAUAAAUUGAUCAUCAUGUUUUCAAUUCAUAAAUUCUGUAUGAAAACGUAUUUAACAGCAAUGAAGGAGGUUGUAUGUCUAUGGUCUGUCAUUGAGAAACAUAAUUAUGAUUCUUGUGCAUGAAUAUACCAUUUUCAUUUUCAUCAGAGUGGAUAGUCAACAUAGCUAAGGUGAUUGCAAAAACAAACACAUUAUGUUUGUUCAUGUAGUUGUCAAAGGUGCAUUUCUAUGCUUUUGUCACGCAGAACUUGACCAUUGAUUUUUAAUGCCUUAUUAAGCUGACAAAAAAUGCUUGCAAGAAUUUUACAUUUAUGUUGUGAUAUGUUGUAAAGCAAAGGGUCUGUCUGUAAUGCAAGUUUUAUUAUCAUUGAAGUAAAAUAUGUGAUUUUGUAAUGAGUACAGUACACUAUGGUCAAACAUUAUACAAGCUUUUUAUUGUUUAGUGGCAUCCAUUCUUAAAACAGCUAUAGAUUUUGUAAAAAAAAAAAUUAUUGUAGACUUAGUUUUUAAAUUGUGUAUAAUUAAGAAUGUCAUUGUCUUAUUUCUAAAAUAAUUAAAUGCUAUAUACCACA